GGUAACACAACCACCUUAGUAACCGUAAAUCCCAAAAGCUCUCCCACUCCCACACUCAUCCUUCCUUACGCCCGAAGUCUCCCCGCUCUCACAUUGCCACAUAUUCUCCAAUGCUUCCCCCUUUUUUAUUGAAAGCAUCUUUAGGAUUAACUUUUUAACAAAUUCACCCUGAACCCUUCUGCCCCACCACCACCACAACCAAAGAAAAGAGGCCGCCAGCGGAGGCGCGUGGCGGGAUGCGCGUGGGAGGGAUGCGCAGCGAAUAGGAAUAGAGGGAGGUCGGUGACGAAAUAAAGGCUCAAAAAGGCAGAGUGAUUGAGCGAACGAAGAGCUCUGCUCGUCGCCACGCGCGUCUCGAUUUCGAUCUCCUAAAAAACCUACCCCCCAUUUGACCGUCCCUUACUGCUCAGUUCCUUGUCACUCUUUCUUUCUCUCUCUCACAUUCACCUCUCUCUCUUUCUCUCCCCCCUCGUCUCUGUGUUGUUGCCAUGGUUCCCGCCAAUCGGCAGAAUCCGUUUUGUAGAUAAAAUCCUAAUUUGCGAACUAGCGGUCUUGUUUAUCCAGGGAAAACCGAGGAAAGUUGGAGGAUUUUAGGGUUUGAAUAUAUGUCCCUUAAUCAAUCAAGGUCGGACAAGAGCGAGACCACGCAGUACAGGAAGACAGGUCGAUCCGGCAGCUCCGGCCAGCAGAGGGGUUUCCAAGGCGCUGGGUCCGGGAAGGGCGGGGGCGGCGUCCCAACCGGGCCUCCACCGAUCAGUUCGUCGUCUUCGCCCUACUCCUCGAAUCGGAGUUUCAAGAAGUCUAAUAAUAAUGCACAAGGAGGGCAGUCUAGGGUCACUGGUUCGAGUUUGAUUUCUGAGGCCAGCAAUGCAUCUGCUGUGCCACGCAGUGUACAGAAUGGUGCCCAUGGCCAACCACCAUUACAUGGAGCAUCUGAUGCACCGGUUACGAGUGGUGCCAUCAGGACUACUGAUUCAUCAACCCAGAAAACCACCCGACCUGAUCCGAAGGCCCCAGCUGUUCAUUCUGCAGCUGCUGGUUCUGAUGCAACUGCGCCCACAACUCCUGCUAAGGGCGAUGGGUCUAGGGGUUUCCCGUUUCAGUUUGGGUCUUUAAGUCCUGGUUUAAUGAACGGAAUGCAGAUACCCGCCCGAACUAGCUCAGCUCCACCAAAUUUGGAUGAGCAGAAGCGCGACCAGGCACGCCAUGAUUCUUAUAGGGUUGCGCCAGCUGUCCCAAUCCCUUCAAUUCCUAAGCAGCAUUUUCCGAGGAAAGAAACAGGUGCUGCUGACCAAUCUAAUUCUGGGGAGAUGCAUCAUGUAUCAAAGGCCAAAAGGGAGACUCAUGUUUCAUCUUUGCCUCCUGCAACGCAAACGCAGAAGCCUUCAGUUCAUUCCAUGUCAGGGAUGUCGAUGCAAAUGCCAUAUCACCAGCCACAGGUUUCUAUGCAAUUUGGUGGGCCCAACCCUCAGAUGCAGCCUCAGGGCUUGACGGUGCCAAUGCAAAUGCCACUAUCAAUAGGAAGUGCACCCCAAGUGCAGCAGCAGAUGUUUGUACCCGGUCUCCAACAUCACUCUAUGCAGGCACAGGGAAUCAUUUCCCAGGGUCAGGGCAUGAACUUCGCAACUCAAAUGGGUCCUCAACUGAACCCCCAAAUAGGCAACUUGGGAAUUGGCAUCACUCCACAAUAUCCUCAACAGCAGGCUGGAAAAUUUGGCAGUACUCGUAAACCUAUCAAGAUUACGGAUCCCAAUACACAUGAAGAGUUGAGGCUUGAUAAACGGGCAGAGUCUUACAUAGAUGGUGGAUCAUCAGGCAUGAGGUCACAUACAAAUGCACCUCCUCAAUCCCAGCCCAUCCCUUCUUUUGCUCCAAUUAAUUAUUAUUCCAAUUCUUACGGCUCUAGUCUCUAUUUUCCAGCUCCUAGUUCUGUUCCCUUAACCACUCAGAUUACUUCCAGUUCUCAGGCACCAAGGUUUAACUACUCAGUUAGCCAGGGUCCACAAACUGGACCAUAUAUGAACACAUCUACACUCAGCUCCGCGCCUACUAAUAAAACAGGGACCGCAACACAUGAAUCACUGAAUUUGGAACCUGCUGUCGUGUCUUCUGCUCCAUCACCUGUAAUUCAGGUGACUGUUAAACCAGCAUCUGUUUCUGUUGGAGAGAAGGUUGGUUACUCAUCACCAUCGAUUGGCUCACCUGCUGUUGAAAAGGGUGAAUCACCUAGCCUGUUAAGAACAACUGGGGAAGGUGGUCUAAAUAAUCCUCAAAGAGAUUCUGAGACUAGUUGUGAAAGAGUUCCACAGCAGUUAAAGCCUAGUCAUGAACCCCCAACUUCCACGUCAUUGGCAGUGGCAAGUAAGGAAAUGGCUGGGACUGCAGCUGCUGCUGCUACAUCUGUGGAAAGUCCAGCAUCCAACGCAUUGUCCUCGGCUCCACCUGCCCCAACUGCUUCAUCUGAGGAAUCAACCAUGGUUGUCCCCAAUGCUGAAACAAGAAGAAAGGAAUCUCUUAGUAGGUCUAAUUCUAUCAAGGAUCAUCAGAAGAAGCCUGGAAAGAAAGGACAUCUUCAACCACAGAAUCAGGCUCAGGUGAACCUGUCUGUUGCUACAUCAACUUUGCCAUAUCAGCCUUUAGAACAUGGUAUUUCUUUUAAUGGUGGGGUCUCUGAAUCUGUAGAAGCUAAAGCAGCAACAAUGACAACACCACAUGCUUUGUCAAAAGCCAGUGAAAGUGUGUUGGAGUCUAGUGGAGAACAAAAAUCAACCAUUCAUGGUCCCACUCUGGAUGCUUCUGAAAUAAAGGCUGAUAGUGUUAGAUCUGACUGGAAAUCAUGUGAAAUAUCUAAUGCUGGAAUGACAGAUGAUACUGUGGUCACCAUUCCUCAUUUUAACCAGGAUAAUUUUUCUCCUCAGGAUGAACACCUUGAGGGAACUGCUGGAAUGGGAGGACAGGAAGAAAUUAAUUUGCCUGCGGGGCUGAAAAGAGAUGACGGUCGAUUUGAGUCAUCUUCAGAGUCAGCUUCUUCAAAAUUUUUGGGGAGUAGUAGACAAACUGAACAGGACAUGGUUUUGAAUGAAACUGCCAUUGGCAGUGAGGUUGAAUCCUCGCAAACUGCACAGAGGGAACUGGAAGAACCUGUGGGAUGUCUUGCAAAUGAUGAUAGGCUGGACAAUGAUCUAGGGGUUUCUGCUUCCACAACUGCUGAUUCUAUUAGUGCUGAAACUGCCCCAUCUAAUGUUGUUUCUUCAGCAAUUUCUGAUGCUAAUGGGGCUUCAUCUUUGGAUGCCUCUUCAAGUAGAAAUAAUAGCAUGGGCAGUAAAGAAGGUGGUGUUAUAAAAUCUGGCACAUCUAAUCAAGAUUUAUCUUCUGUUCUGACUUUAUUUCCAUUGGAACCUACUUUGAAACAUGAAGGGGAAGGGGCAGAGAUUGUUAGCAGUGGUGGCGGCCUUGUUUCCAUUCCUAUAUCAAGUCCCAAGGAUAAACCCGCUCCAGAACUAAAUAGAUCAAAGAGCACUUUAACAAGGGGAAAGAAAAAGAGAAAAGAAAUACUUCAGAAAGCAGAUGCUCUUGGGACAACUUCUGAUCUUUAUAUGGCUUACAAGGGUCCAGAGGAAAAGAAAGAAACUGCUAUUUCUUCAGGAAGCACUGAAAGCAUGUCUAGUGAUAACUUGAAGCAGUUACCUGCUGGUGUAGUUCAAGAAGACAUCAUAGUGAGUGAGAGAGGUGGACAGAGUAAAGCUGAGCCAGAUGAUUGGGAAGAUGCUGCUGACAUUUCUACUCCAAAAUUGGAAACUUCAAAUGAUAGGGAACAGAUUCACAGAGGAGAGAUGCAUUAUGAUGAAGAUGGAAAUACCAUUCUGGCCAAGAAGUAUUCUAGAGAUUUCCUCCUGAAAUUUUCUGAUCAGUGUACAGCUCUUCCUGAUGAUUUUCUUGUUAAAACUGAAAUAGAGGCCUUGAUGGUUGUCAGUACUACUCACUUUUCUGAUCGUGAAUCAUACAAUAGUCCUGGGAGAAUUAUAGAUAGACUGUCUGGGGGAUCCCGAUUAGAUCGCCGUGGGAGUGGUGCUCUGGAUGAUGACAAAUGGAGUAAGCCAGGCUAUUCUUCAGGACGGGAUAUGCGGUUAGAUAUUGGUUAUGGGGGUAAUAUAGGGGGACUUCGACCUGGACAAGGAGGCAGCCAUGGUGUUUUAAGGAACCCACGAGCACAGGCUCCUGUUCAGUAUACUGGAGGGAUCCUAUCUGGACCUAUGCAAUCCCUGGGUCCUCAGGGUGGAAUGCAACGUAAUAGCCCUGGCCCUGAUGCUGAGCGGUGGCAGCGUGCUACUGGUUUUCAGAAGGGUUUAAUUCCUUCUCCUCAGACUCCAUUACAGGCAAUGCACAGGGCUGAGAAAAAGUACGAAGUAGGUAAAGUGACAGACGAAGAACAGGCGAAGCAGAGGCAGUUGAAAGCUAUCCUAAACAAGCUAACGCCUCAAAACUUUGAAAAACUUUUUGAGCAAGUUAAAGCAGUUAACAUUGACAAUGCUGUGACUCUCACCGGUGUUAUCUCACAAAUAUUUGAUAAAGCUCUAAUGGAACCAACCUUCUGUGAAAUGUAUGCCAACUUCUGUUCUCAUCUUUCUGCAGAGCUGCCUGAUUUUAGUGAAGAUGAUGAAAAGAUUACCUUUAAGAGAUUACUUCUGAACAAGUGCCAGGAGGAGUUUGAGAGGGGUGAAAGAGAGCAAGAAGAAGCUAAUAGAGUUGAGGAGGAGGGUGAGAUAAAACAAUCUGAAGAGGAAAGGGAAGAGAAGAGAGUAAAGGCACGGAGACGAAUGUUGGGGAACAUUAGAUUGAUUGGGGAAUUGUACAAGAAGAAAAUGUUGACUGAGAGAAUAAUGCAUGAAUGCAUCAAUAAGUUGUUGGGUCAGCAUCAGACUCCUGAAGAAGAAGAUGUUGAAGCUUUGUGCAAAUUAAUGAGCACAAUUGGAGAGAUGAUUGACCACCCCAAAGCUAAGGCAUAUAUGGAUGCAUAUUUUGACAGGAUGGCAGACCUUUCGAACAACAUGGAACUUUCUUCUAGGGUGAGAUUCAUGUUGAAGGAUGCGAUUGAUCUGCGAAAGAAUAAAUGGCAGCAGAGAAGAAAAAUUGAAGGGCCAAAAAAGAUUGAGGAAGUGCAUAGGGAUGCUGCUCAAGAGCGGCAAGCACAAUCAAGUAGGCUGGCUCGUGGCCCAGGUAUCAAUCCUUCGGCAAGAAGGGUGCAACCUAUGGAUUUUGGUUCAAGAGGGUCAACUAUGGUACCUUCCCCGAAUGCUCAAAUGGGUGGUUAUCGUGGGUUGCCAACACAUGCUCGUGGGUUUGGCACUCAGGAUGUUCGGGUGGAUGAUAGACAUCCUUAUGAUGGUCGACCUUUGUCAAUUCCUUUGUCUCAGAGACCCAUGGGUGAUGAUUCUAUUACGCUUGGUCCCCAAGGUGGUCUAGCUAGAGGAAUGUCUAUCAGAGGACAACCAUCAAUGUCAACUGCUCCUACGACCGAUAUUUCUCCCAGCUCUCAUGAUCCUAGAAGAUUGGCGGCUGGUCUGAAUGGUUACAGUUCUGUGCCAGAGCGGACAGCUUUUAACUCCCGGGAGGAUCUCAUUCCACGAUACAUGUCAGAAAGGUUUGCUUAUGACCAAUCGGGCACGCAAGAGCGCAAUAUGCCUUUUGGGAGCAGGGACGUGAGGAAUUCAGAUCGUAGUAUUGAUAGAUCUCUUGCAGCUUCUCCUCACACACAAGUGCAGGGAACGAUUUUGACACAAAGUGUUAGUUCUGAGAAAGUCUGGCCAGAAGAACGCUUGCGCGACAUGUCCAUAGCAGCAAUUAAAGAAUUCUACAGUGCCAAAGAUGAGAAGGAAGUUGCUUUAUGUGUCAAAGAUCUGAAUUCCCCUGGCUUCUAUCCAACAAUGAUAUCGAUUUGGGUGACAGACUCUUUUGAAAGAAAGGAUAUUGAGAGGGAUCUUUUGGCUAAGCUUCUUGUUAAUCUUACAAGAUAUCGGGAUGGCGUGUUAAGUCAGCCACAGCUCAUCAAAGGGUUUGAAGCUGUACUAACCACAUUGGAGGAUGCCGUGAAUGAUGCCCCAAAAGCAGCAGAAUUUCUUGGCCGCAUCUUUGCCACGGUCAUUCUGGAAAAUGUGAUUUCAUUGAGAGACAUUGGCCGGUUAAUAUAUGAAGGGGGAGAGGAGGCAGGAAAUCUUCGGGAGGUUGGACUUGCAGCGGAAGUUCUUGGAAGUACAUUGGAGAUGAUUAAAACAGAGAGAGGAGAUUCUGUUUUAAAUGAGAUCCGUACAAGUUCGAACCUGCGGUUGGAGGAUUUCAAGCAUUCAGAUCCAUACAGAUCAAGGAAAUUAGAAAUGUUUAUUUAGUGGAUAGUGAUGCUUGCUUACUGUAUUUGGUUUACAAUGUUUCUGGUCUGAUGUUUUUAGGGUAAUCUGAUUAUCCAGAAAAUUUUCUUUUGUGGGGCGGUUUCUUCCUUCUCCAUAUCUUAAUAUUAUUAUUAUAUUUUUUUUCUUCAAAA